GCCGGCCGCUGCCGCCCUCACCUCGCGCGCCCGCCGCCGCCGUCGCUCUGCCUCGCGCGUGCGCCGUCCCUCAGCCACACGGGUCGGGUUUACCCGCGGGUACCCGAGACCCGACCCGGCCCCGAACCCGGCGGGUGCCAUCCAUACUCCCACCCGUCUUCCCCUCAAACCCUCCCACCCGUCUUCCCCCUCGGUGCGUCCGUUGCCGCGCGCCGGUCCAUCGGAGCACCCGAAUCCGGUCUCCCUCAACCAGCGAGCGACUCGAUCCGCAGAGCAAGAUUCGGCGGCGACAUGGUGAGCUCUGGCCCCUGCUUCUCUCUCUACCACCACACCUUAUCCUUCCCCGCCGCCACCACCAAAGGCUCCUCGGCGAGCUCCCGGAGUACAAGUCUGGGCCUGCCUGCCGGCCGCCGCUCGGGUCCUACCGCUGUCACAACUGACGCGGCUUUUCUGCGCGAUGCCGCUGCCGUCGACAAGAGGAGGUGUGAAUGCUUUGAUCUCCAUCAGGACUUGGUUCCUUUUGCGAAAUCAUGGGCUUGGCAGAAGUCUGUUGUUACGAGGAGGAAAGGGUUUGCAGGCAGAGAUGCAGAUGACUCGGACACUCUAGUCACGCUGCAACAUCCGCCAGUUUAUACAUUGGGCACCGACAGCAGGGAGGAGUACCUACAUUUCAAUGUAAAGGAUGCUCCUAUUGAGAUUCAUCGUAUUGACCGUGGUGGGGAGGUGACAUAUCAUGGCCCUGGACAGCUUGUUAUGUAUCCGAUUCUCAAUUUGCGGCAUCACAAAAUGGAUCUUCAUUGGUACCUUAGAUCACUUGAAGAAGUGAUAAUCCGUGCCCUGCAAUAUGCUUUUUCUAUCAAGGCAUCAAGGAUAGAAGGUCUCACUGGUGUUUGGGUUGGUGAUCAGAAAGUUGCAGCAAUAGGAAUUCAUGUCUCACGAUGGAUAGCUUAUCAUGGUCUAGCACUAAAUGUCACUACUGAUUUAACCCCAUUUCAACUCAUUGUUCCCUGUGGCAUAAAGGAUCGUGGCGUCGGGAGCAUUAAGGAGAUAUUGCAAAAGGCUUCCAGUGGAAGAGACAUUGAUGAAGCGGUACUGAUGGAUUUAGCUUAUAAAUCGUUGAUCAAGGAGUUUGCUGAAGUUUUCCAGCUUUCCCUAGACCUCAGACCAGAUUGGAAUCUGCAAGAAAACUAGAUUGUAGAGAACAUGUAUGCUUCCUCUCCUAUGUAAUCGAGCACUACAAAGUAAGAACGGAAAACUUGGGGCAUCCUCGUCAAAGAUGGGCAUGCACUUUUCAGAAGAAGUAAGAGUGCAAACGAGGAUCAGAUAGAUUAACACGCAGAACUUGCCAGCUGGUGGUUCGUUCUACGGUAGCAAGUACUCAAUCAUCAUACUCCAUGGAGCAGCAACAGUGCGCUAGAUGUGCAUCUGUAUGGAGCAUUCAUAAUUUUCAUUAUGUCGUAUGGCCCUCGAAACAAUUUUUCUGCGCAUACAUGUUGAAGAUACAGUGCACAAGAUAAAUCUGCAUCGAGCUGCCGGAUCUCUGGUUCCCCGGUUAUUAUCAAUCAGAUGCAUGCUGGAUAAAGAAAAAGUUUCUGCCUAUCACCUCUUGUUUACGCUGACAACUUUGUUCAAGCAUAUGCAGCUACAGUGCCUCGUACCCUUUGUUCAGGCUUCAGAGUUCAGACCCAGAGUUGGGGACCAGUUACGCUUCCUACUGAUGUAGGAGUAUCAAGUAAUUCUAUCUAAUGGUUUCCAUUUAACUUUGUUCAAGCAUAUGCAGCUACAAACGGAAGAAGGGACGGAGAGGGCUGCGCAAAAUCUGCAUUAAUUCUUGAAAUAUAGUUUACUGAGGAUAAGAAAUUCUAUUUUUCUUCUCUAAACAAA